AUGGAGGAGGUGCUGGAGGGCCCUGCCGAGGAGCACCUGCACCAGGACGACGAGUACUCGCCCUUCGUCGACGACUCGAUCUACGCCGCGCGGCCCGACCUGCUGCGCGAGAUCGGCUACUUCAAGGAGCCGCGCAACGGCCGCAAGAUCGAGGCCGACACGUUGCUGCAGUUUGUCGAGUUUGCGUGCUCAGAGGAGCUGCCGGCGGGGCACCUCCUCGCUCGCAUGGCUUUCGACGACGGCACGAUCGAGGUGAUCGACCGCGGCGCAGAGUACGACGUUCGAGUCGACGACGAGCUUGUCGCGACGGUGCCCGACUGGCUCUCCUCCGCCAUCGCCGACCCGCCGCACAUCCUGAUGCCGAUGGCGACGGCCGUCGGCGACGCGAUCGACUUUGAGGCGCCGCAGUUCGGCAUCACUGUCCUCGGCGCCGCCGACGGCUUCACCGCCGCAGGCACCACGGCGGGCUUCAUACUUUGGAUGCGUGGGCGGGGCAUCCUGGUGGACCCGCCCGCCCACUCUGCUCACUACUUGCGGCGCAACGGCAUCUCGAGCCGCAAGAUCACGCACGUCAUCCUGACGCACUGCCACGCGGACCACGACGCGGGCACCUUCCAGAAGAUCCUCCUCGAGCAGCGCGUGACCGUGCUCACGACGCGCACCAUCAUGGCCGCUUUCGUGCGCAAGUACGCCCCCAUCUCCGAGAUGAACUACGAC